UUCCUUCUCCAACCACAAUUUCAUCCACAACCUCCUCCACUUCGUCGCCACCUCUACUGCCGGGGACCUUCACCUCAUUGUGUUUGGCUUCGCAUCCUUUCUCGUCAUCGUCAUCGGAGAAAAUCGCGGCAGCCGAUUUCAGGCGGAAAAUUGAGGCCUGCGUCUUCGAGGCACGGGGUAGGAUCUGGUGUAGUAAUCCGUGUUGUACUUUGGCGGACUCCACUGGGAAAAUCAGAUAAUAAUCAGAGCACUGCUGGGGAGGAUAUAUUAGCUAAGACAAGUGGUUCUGAGAUUACUAACAAAGACUUAAAAAGUUCUACAAGAGCUUCGAGUGAUGGUGCCCAGGCACAGACCAAGAUAGCUGGUAGCGAAGGUGAAGAGAAUCAUCAAAAGGGUACGUCUCUUGAAGAAACUGAUGUAUCUGGGGAUGUUAACAUGGAGGCAUCCAUAACUACCGAUGAUGUUAUCCGGGCAGGAGGAUUCGGUGCUCGGGAUGAUAUCAGCAGCUUUCUUCCUGUUGCAAUUGAUUCAACUGAUUUUGAAGCUUCAAUCCGUGAUGCAAGAGAUUAUGAAGAACCAGAACCACAGGGUGAAGUAAGCCGACCAGGCCUUGGCUGGACCGGAGCUACAAAAGGGGAGUAAAUAAUUAUUAUGACAGCUAUGUCCUCAAGUUUUUGCUGUUGCCUUUCUUUGUGUCUUAAUGUUGGACAGUUUUUGGCUAGUCCUUGUGAAGUAUGAUGUUAGAUUCUGUUCUUUUUGUUUUCUGGGAUGAAUAUAAGAACUUGUUCCCUGGAUUCUCGCUGCUGUGGUCAAAGUUAAAUUUGGAAAUAAGUAUCAAUCCUUCACCUGUUUGAAAGAA